CCCAAAUGAUAAAACCUCUGGUCUCAAACGCAUGCCCUCUCGACCAUAAGCACGCAUACCGCUCCGCAGCACAAAGAGAAGCGAAGGACUCGACAGUCUAACUCUCCCCUCUCUCUCUUUGGAUUUGCAUUCGAAUCCAGGAGCACGAACGCGAAGGAUUGAUUUGGGCAUCAAUGGCAUCGAAGUUGCGUCAGUUGCAAUCUAAGGCUAGUCAAGCAACACAAUUGGUGUCCAAGUAUGGAAGUACCUACUACAAGCAGUUGUUAGAGGAGAACAAGCAGUACAUUCAACACCCACCAACUGUGGAGAAGUGCAACGAGUUGUCCAAGCAAUUGCUUUACACUCGACUUGCUAGUAUUCCUGGUCGUACUGAGUCAUUCUGGAAGGAAGUUGAUUACGUCAAGCAUUUGUGGAAGAACAGGAAGGAGGUGAAGGUUGAGGAUGCUGGAAUUGCUGCUUUGUUUGGGCUGGAGUGCUUUGCAUGGUUUUGUGCAGGUGAGAUCGUGGGAAGGGGAUUUACUUUCACCGGCUACUACGUCUAAGAGUAACCAUAUGGUAAAAUGUUUCUAGGGAUUGCACAGGUAACCCUCUCUCGUCAUUUGGGGUUGAUCUGAACCGCGGGGACUGUACUAGCUAUUUUUUGUUUUCCUAGACGAAUUUUUGAAGCUGAGAAAUCGGCGGGCUAGUUUGACAGCCAUAAUAAUCAAAUGUAUUUGAAAGUAACUUGAAUGUGAUAUUGUUCGGUUAAUCAUGAAUGAUGAUAAUACUUCACAA